AUUUUCUUACCGUUGUAGCACAAGUCAGGGUCCCACCAUCUCCCGCUGUUAACUUUUCAAAAAUCCAAAAAAAAGAGAACGAAAUCCUCUUCAACGGCUCCUUCCAUUUCUUAAACAAACCCUCAAAAACCACCUCUACUCUCAUCUCAAUCAAAACCUCUUCAAGAUCUCGUCAUAUUGAAUUGAAUUCCAACAUAAUCUUGUCACUCAUUUCAUUUCUCUCAAAGAACCCGGAAAUCUUGCUCCAAUUAAUUCAAAGAAAUGGAUUCAAAUUCAACAUUGUCUUCUCAUCUCUCAAACCCAAAUUCUCAGAACAAAUCAGCUUCACGUUUAGCAAGAAUCAGCUACUCUAGUGUUGAACCCGAAGAGCAACAAAGACCCACAAUCCCACAUCUCUCUUUGGACCACAUCCCUCCAUCCCCCAAGAAAACAACUUCACCAUCCCCUCUUUCACUCAGAUCAUCUACCAACUCUCUGCCUCUCCAAGAACUUUUGCUUCUCUCCCCUGCUUCUCCUCUGCGAAGGUCAAAAAACAGACUCGCAGAUAGGAUUGAAAUGGCAGAGGAAGCCGCUCCAGAGCAUGGUGGUUCUCGUAGGAGAUGCAAAAGCAGGACUGCCCAGAUGGGUCUUCCGGGAUGCGGGUCCCCUAGGAACAAUAGAAGGUCAAGAAGGAGAAUUGAGAUGGAGUUAAGAGAAGAUAGGGAUUUGGUUCUGGGGGAGGAGGUGGGGAAACCAAGAAAAAGGCGUCAUAGUGGGAAAUCAAAGAAGGAGAAACUCAGUUUGGUCCCUUGUCUUCCUUCUUCAAAUUUGUCUCCAAAAACUGUUGAUUGCGAAAAAAGUAAUAUCAAUAGAAUUGGGGAGAUGAUCAGUGAUUUGGUUAUGUGGAGAGAUGUUGCAAAGUCAAGCUUGUGGUUUGGAUUUGGAUGUUUAUGUUUCUUGUCUUCUUUUCUCACCAAAGGAGUUACUUUCAGCAUUUUCUCCAUGAUAUCUCAAAUUGGUCUUCUGUUUUUGGGCGUUUCCUUCUUCUCGAACUCAAUCUGUCAUAACGUUGAGAAGAGGAACGAAUUCAAGCUGAGAGAAGAAGAUUUGCUGAGACUAACAAGACCGAUGCUUCCAUCUACAAAUCUUGCAAUUUCAAAGAUGAGAGAACUGUUCUCUGGGGAACCCUCCACGACCCUCAAGGUAGCUCCAUUGCUCAUCCUUGGAGCUGAGUAUGGCCACAUUAUAACCCUGCGAAGGCUCUGUGCAUUUGGAUUUUUCAUUAUCUUCUCCAUUCCAAAACUGUACUCGUGCUAUUCUCGUCAGAUAAACCAGAAAGCUGAGUGCAUGAAACAAUGGACCAUUGAAGCUUGGGGAGCUUGCUCUCACAAAAAGGUUGUGGCAGCUUCAGCAGCCACAGCCUUUUGGAAUCUCUCGAGUGUAAAAACGCGUAUUUUCACUGCAUUCAUAUCUCUGGUGAUAAUCCGGUAUUGCCGGCAGCAUCUAAUGCAAAAGUUAGAUGAAGGGGAGACAGCAGAAGUGGGACGAGAGCGAUCGGAGCAGGCCUUGGUAGUAGCAGGAGACAGAAUUCACAGCAAAACUAAUUAGGUUCAGUAGUCGUAUCAAAAUUCUAACGCAAAUAAAGUUGUUUUUUCAACAGGCUGAUAAAUUCAUGUUUGACAUUAUAUGUAAUAAUAAAAAGGAGUUUGUUUUCUUUUGUUCACGGUUGAUCUUCUUGCCAAGAUAUCACUCCAGAUGCAGGUCUGAAGCAUAUCAAACAUCCAUGAACAUGGUAGCUACAGUUUGCCAUGGUGCACUUUGCACGUCAGUCAUCUAACCAUACAAGAACGAAUUACGAAUGGUUGCAUUUACUAAUAAAAUGUUUGAG